ACCAGAACCCCUCUCUUUGGACAAUACUGUUCCUCAUGACAGACAUGGAAAAAACCGUUACCCCUCCCGCUCCUACCUACCAAGGACAAAUCCAUAUCGCCGAUGUUCCCGCUCUCCCUCAUACACCUGUAGACUCUUCGCGGUUAUCUCCCUCCUACAGCUCAGCGUCCGUGCUUGAGAAAGGGAACGUUUGGGAUGGUUACUUGGAAGAUGAUAUUCCGGAUAAAACGCAGGGACGGCUCAUCCGAAAUCUGCGCCAUCAGAUCUUCUCCCUCUACCGUCGUCUAUUUGGGGUCAUUUUCGUCACGAACAUGGCUGUCUUCAUCGCGACUCUUGUACGAGAUGAAGCCAACCCUAGUCAUUUAGCCCUUAUUGUCGUGGCGAAUCUCUUCUGCGCAAUUUUGAUGCGCCAGGAUCAUGUUAUUAACACAUUCUUCAAUGUGUUCUGCGCCGUCCCAUCUUCAUGGCCACUUGUGAUCCGUCGCGUGUGCGCCAGAGUUUACUCCAUCGGCGGAUUUCAUUCGGGAUGCGGCGUCUCUGGUGUCGUAUGGUUCAUUCUUUUCAUCGUGCAAGCGACACGAGAGGUAGUGAACGGCGGUCCUACAUCCGUGGCUACCCUUAUCAUAAGUUACUUGAUUCUUCUCCUCUUGCUGGGAAUCGUCGCUCUUGCCUACCCGAGGCUACGAAUUUUGUAUCACAACUCCUUUGAAGCUACGCAUCGUUUCCUAGGCUGGACGGCGGUUGCGCUGGUGUGGUGUCAGGUGAUUCUGCUUACAAACGACCACCGCCCGGAGGGUCAGACUCUCGGAAAGGCGCUGAUCAAAACUGCCCCAUUUUGGAUGGUUCUGGUUAUGAGUAUAUCAAUUAUUCUCCCUUGGCUCAAGCUCCGGAAAGUAGCAGUCCGUUCAGAAGUACUCUCAAACCAUGCAGUGAGACUAUACUUUGACUAUGUAACGCCCGUUCCUGGAAGCUUCACGCGUGUUUCCACGGACCCUCUGAUGGAGUGGCACGGUUUCGCAACCAUCGCCGAACCUGGGAAGAAGGGAUACUCAAUGGUUGUGUCUAAGGCAGGCGACUGGACGUCUAAGCAGAUCGCGAACCCCCCAGAAAAGAUCUGGAUCCGUGGCGUUCCCACCUGCGGUGUGAUGCGCAUUGUACCCAUCUUCCGACGUGUCAUUCUUGUUGCGACCGGCAGCGGCAUAGGGCCCAUUGCGCCACAUGUCUUUGCCCGACCAAUUCCACUUCGCUUGAUCUGGACGGCUCCAAAUGUGCGUCAGACUUUUGGAGACAAACUCGUGGAUUCGAUUCUAGAGGCAGCACCAGAUACCGUAAUAUUUGAUACGCGUGUUCAUGGGAAACCGGACAUGGUCAAGUUGACCUACCGCCUUGUUCGUGAGUUCAAUGCGGAGGCAGUUUGCAUCAUUUCGAAUCAAGCCCUGACGAGAAAGGUGGUGUACGGUAUGAUGAGCAGAGGCAUUCCUGCCUUCGGCGCUAUAUGGGACUCUUGAUGCUGAUGGCUUCUUCUCUUCAUGAUCUUUUACGGCCUCGCUGUGCACGGGAUUUAGACGGUUGUGCCUCCAGGAUAUGCUUCCCCAGUUCUUGUGUAGAUGUCUACACUAUUUUUAAUGCUCCGUUCAUGUCGCAGGGCGAUGGCGCCUUUAUGUUUGUACCUAUGGUGCUGUAGACGUAGCACGAGUGUUUCAAGAAGCCUGUUUGAAGACGUCUUUUGACAAACCGAUUGUCUCUUGGCACCCAUGC